AUGACAGAGAUCACCUCGGAUUUUUCAGCUGCCCUCAACGGUGCGAUUGAGCGCCUGGACACACUCCAGGUCAAGGGGCGGUAUUUCACCCAACGGGUCUUGCAGGACGACUUCGAAGUGAGCGGGGACAUUUUGGGAACAGGGUGUAGUGGUGCUGUCCUAGCGGCCAAAAGUCGCCACAGACCCGGACGCUUCGCGGUGAAGGCCUAUGAUCUGCAGUACCUCGAUCCGGGUCAAAAAGAACGUCUGGCGGGAGAGGUAGCAGUCUUUCUCAGUUUGGAUCACCCGCACAUCGCUCGUCUUUUCUCCGUUUAUGAGACCAAAGACCAACUCAGCCUUAUCAUGGAACGCAUGGACGGUGGCGAGCUCUUUGAACGUGUUUGCCAGACCGAUCGCUUUAGUGAGAAUGAUGCUGCGCAAGCCACUUGGCACAUGCUUCAGUCGGUCAGCUACAUUCACAGUCGAGGGGUGGUUCAUCGUGAUCUUAAGCUCGAGAACUUCCUCUACGACGCUCCGGGAAGCGAUUUCCUAAAGCUCAUCGACUUUGGCUUCAGCAAGUUCUUCCCCAAUGACCAGAAGAUGAGAGAAGCCAUGGGAACACUGGCCUACGUUGCUCCAGAAGUAUUGCGACACCGCUAUGCUCGUGGGAGUUGUGACAUGUGGAGUCUCGGCGUAAUCGUCUUCAUUUUGCUAAGUGGGGAGAUGCCGUUCCAUGGCCGCACAGAUGCUGACACUGCACGCAAGAUCAAGGCCGGCAAGUACAAACUGCACUGGAGCAAGUGGUAUAAUAUUUCCAAGCGAGCGAAAGACUUUCUUGAAAAGCUGCUGGUCGUAUGUCCCAAGAAACGGAUGGACGCUGUGGCAGCCCUGCAACAUCCAUGGAUUACAUCCUUGGUGAUGGCUCCAGCCGUUCCGGGAAGCGUGGUGACAUGCUUCUUGAACUUCGCACAUGCUACCAAGUUUCAGAGGGCCUGUUUGCAAGCAAUGGCUUGGAGCCUGACGCUGGAGGAGCGACGCAAGCUGCGUGGGGAUUUCAUCCACCUGAGCCGCCAAGGAGUCAUCAAGCAGCAGCAUCUUCGAGAGUUUUUGUCAACGCAGAUGCAAGAAGAUUCGGACAAGCACCGGGAAGCAUUGCGGGCCCUCGACAUUCUGCAAAACCAGACUGGUGAUGACAUCAGCUACAGUAGCUUCCUGGCUGCCAUGAUCGCGUGCACGAAGCUGGAGGAGACUUCGCACGCAGCCAAGUCGGCAUUCCGUCGUUUCGAUCACACUGACAGUGGGUAUCUAAGCCCCGAAAAGCUGCGUGAAGUGCUCGGGGAGGAUUUCGAUGUGGAGGUGAUUUUCAAGGAGGUGGACCGCGACCAGGAUGGCAAGAUCAACAUCGACGAGUUCUUAGCGUGUCAAAGCUUGGUUCGGAGCGCUUUGCGGGGCAUAAGUAAAGAGGCCGUCUCGCAAGGAUCUUGUACAGAUUGGUCUGUGAAAGAGGCUGUGCUGAGGUUUGGCUGCGGAGGCAAGCAAGCAGGGGAUGGAGCCUUGGACGUCUGCUAUCGUGACGAAGGUGUGACUGGAUCAUUUUCGCGUCUGGGAAUUCCACAGCCGCACCCUCCUCGCCUGCAGUCCGAACCGCCCAGCAAGCCGAACCCACCGGCGGAUCUCGAGCACGACCACCUCAAUAGGAGGCACUUCCCGGACGUGAUGCCACUGCUGGGCCGGCCUGGGGGGCUUCGCUUGAUGGCCGAUGGCGCCUCGAGUACACAGUGGGAGAUCUCUGCCAAACAAGCCGAUGAAGAGCUUCAGAAAAAGAAGCUCCCGAUCCUCUCCGUUGCAUUCAACGGCGAGACUGUGCUCACAAGCUCCUCAAGGCCGACAGUGAAGCUGUGGAGGUUAGGCGACGAAGGGCUCAGUGCUACAGGUGCGCUGGAAGUGCAAGACGAGCUGAACGGAGCUGCAGCUGCUCCUAGUUCACUUGAUGUCUUUCGGGAUAUGGCAGCGAUCUGUACACAGGACGGGAAUGUUCUGCUAUGGGACCUGCGGAACCCGAAGGACCCCUCAAGUCGCCUGGACCUCAUACAGGGGCAAGGAAGUAUAAUACGCUUUCUGCCCGAUGGUAAUCGACUGGUCUCCGGUAAUAACGUUUCUGGUAGGCUGUCCAUUUGGGAUCUGCGGCAGCAAAGAGUCGAGAGAGAGCUGCCCGUGAAUUCCGUGGGCGCGGAAGUCAAGAACGGUGACGAGGAGAGACCGAGCAAGUCUCGUCGCACCUUCGUACCGCAAGCUGACAGCCCCAUCACAGCCAUGUGUGCAAGUGGCGACGGUCGGAUGCUAGCUUGUGGGCGGAGUUCAGGGCGAAUCGGUUUGCUUCACUUGGCGACGCUGGACUGGGCAGGCACGGAUCUGCCGGCCCACGUGGGCAGCGCAGUCAGAUCACUCUCCUUCGAGCGAUCCAAAUUUCUUUUCAGUGGCGGUGAUGACCGCAACCUUUGCAUGGUGGAUGCAUCUCGCUGGGUUACUCGCGGCAUUAGGCCGCAGUUGGAAAGAUUUCCUGCCCACCGCGCGAGCAUCACAUGUGUGCAAGCAUGUCCUGACCAUCGACAUCCAGCUUUAGUUUCUACUUCCUUGGACAAGGUGGUCAAGGUUUGGGACUACCGAAGACAAAGAGUUCUGCAAACAUUCUCUUCACACUCCGCAGGUGUAACAAGCAUGGCCUUCGAGCCAGAUGGUCACGUCUUCGUGACGGUUGGAGCCGACGCCAUGAUCUAUGUCUAUGCACCGGUCCACGACGUCGGAGCCGACGUCGGGGCGCCGGCGUCCGGGGCUCCACAGGAGGAUGUCAAGGUCAAGCCUGGAUGA